AUUUUUAUACAGUCUAAUUCUUACGAUAAAACAGUUUAUGAAAUAUGAAAGGGUAAUUUAACAGUGGCCAAAUCAUUCACAAUGGUGGUUGAUGAAUUUAAUAACUGCUCUGAAGGCUUGAGAGAAAUAUUUCCGAAUGCCAAUGUGGACACUUCGGAGAUACCAACCUACGAUUUUGGACCUGAAUACCACAGAACAGCUCGUCUCUACACAUUAGCCAUUAUGUUUGUUGUCUCUGUCAUCGGCAACACCAUGGUCGUGAAACAGCUGCUUCCUCUUACAAGAGGACGAUUUCCAAAAUCAAAGAUUCUUUUCCUCAAUUUGGCCGCCGCUGACUUAUUUGUCACCUUUGGAACAAUGCUGUCUCAGCUCAUUUGGGAACUUAUGGAUCAGCAGUGGAUUGCUGGAGAUGCUUUGUGCAAGAUAUUCAAAUUCUCACAAACAUACUCUCUCUGUUCGUCAACGUACAUGUUAGUUGCUAUAGCACUGGAUCGGUUUAAUGCUAUUGUCAGGCCAUUAUCAACGCCACCGCAACCCAAAUAUUACGCCCUGGCAACAUGGAUGAUCGCACUACUUCCAGCACUACCAUGUUUACUCGUCUUUCAUGUUAUUGAACUAUCUGAAGGUAUCACAAAGUGUGUCUCUAUAUUCUACACUUCAGUUCAAGCUCAAUCAUGGAGACAACCUUAUGUCUUGUGUGUGUUUGUUAUUGCCAUCAUACUACCCUUCCUCCUUUUAUUAGUGUUGUACAUCAAGAUAAUGGUCGAAAUCCGUCAACGUUCAGCUGUGUUCACCCCUAGCCAGCAGACUGCGUCCUCUUUACCACGAGCAAGAAUAAAAACGCUGAAAAUGACGAGUGCCAUUCUUCUGGCCUUCAUAAUCCUCAAUUUCCCUUAUGUUGUGCAAGAAUGCUUCAUUUCUUUCGGUUACAUUGAUUUAAUCAACAAGAACUUCAGUGCCUUAGCGGGAGUUAUUUCAGCUAGUAACAGCGCUGUUAAUCCUUACAUAUAUCUAACAUUUCAGGCGAAGAAAACUUUCAUUGGGCGAUGUUUGAGAAAUUUGAUAACCAUCAUUCGGUCGAGACAGUGGUCAUCGGCCAGCCAAAGAAAGGAUACAUCUUUUCUGUCAAUGUCCUCUAAAACCUCGUCCAGAUUUGAUAUGAAUGCAUUGAAUGCAGUUCCACCACUUCAAGCAGCUCAAGUUGCAUCUAUAAUAAAUGGAGGAAAGUCAACAAAUGAGACCUUUGUUUAAGGGGCCUCUUUUACUUUCCUUCCAUGAUUCUGUGCAUUCCUGUAUUCCGGACUACUUUUUCUUUUCAGAAACUUCGGUAACAAUCAUUCCUUCAACUCAAAUAAUGUUAGCACACUCCGCGAAUUUCUAUAGUAUGUACUUUGAAGUAUUGAUCGUCUUAUCUCCACGCAACUUGACUUUAAAAAAGAGUAAGUUCCAAAGAUUACUUCUGAAAUAAGAAUACAAGAAAAUUUAAAGAAAAUUCAGACACUCUAACCCGUA